AUGAAAGUUUGUCACGUUCUUUGCGCAUCAGCUGCAAUUUUUGCCCAUGCGCAAGCAAUAUGGCCAUUCGAUUCAGGCUCUUCAACUACAAGCAGCGACUCGACAGAAACAAGCACGCCUACAGAUGGCGGCGAAUCAUGGAUCCAGUCAGUGGUGGGAAACUUUGCGGGGGGAAGUAGUAGCCAAACUAGCAGUACAAAUGCAGCUGCUUCAACUGGAGGUUCCAAUCCUUAUGCACCUUACAACACCACGUGCCCUUCAGGUUCUUUAACACGAGAGGCAAAUGAUUUAUCCGAUUUGGAAAAGAACUACAUCAAGCAAAGGCAAGAGAUCACCAACAAAAAUUUAAUCAAUUUUUUAAAAAACAAAUCAAAUUUGACCGACUUUGAUCCCGAGUCGUUCAUAAACAACAAUGCUCAGGAGCAUAAUAUAACUAUCGGAUUAGCAUUUAGUGGUGGUGGAUAUAGAGCUAUGUUAUGUGGAGCAGGACAGCUACUAGCAACCGAUGACAGGUUUGAAGAUGCCAAUGAACAUGGUGUCGGUGGGUUACUUCAGUCAGCGACUUACCUCACAGGUCUCUCUGGUGGUAACUGGCUUGUUGGUAGUUUGGUCAUGAACAAUUGGCUCUCAGUGGCGGAAAUCGUUAAUGGAAGCUCAUCAAUCUGGCAACUCGAGGAUUCGAUAUUGAACCCUAGUGGAAUACGUAUCGACAAAACAAUUGCAUACUAUUACGGUCUACAAGAAGCUGUCGAUGCAAAGGAUAGCGCUGGAUUUGAUACCACAAUCACUGACAUCUGGGGACGAGCCUUGUCUUAUCAGUUUUUCCCUGAUCCAAGCGGUGGAGAAAAUAUCACCUGGUCCAGUGUUCGCAACAUGUCGCAUUUUGAGGACCAUUCCAUGCCUUACUUUUUGGUAGUUAGCAAUGCUAGAAAACCAGGCGACUUGAUCAUUAAUGAAAACAGUACUGUCGUGGAAAUUUCUGCUUAUGAGUUGGGUCUGUGGGAUCCGUCACUAAAGGCAUUCACCGAUGUAGAAUAUUUGGGCUCAGCAGUGGAUUCGGGCACCCCAAAUAACACCAAUGUGUGUGUACGGAAUUUCGACAACGCAGGUUUCAUAAUGGGAACCUCAUCAUCAUUAUUUAACCAAGUUUUGCUUCAAUUAGGAAACUAUGAUAUCAACAGUGUUAUUAAAACAAUUUUGACUGGACUUUUGUCUCGAAUCAGUAACGCCGAGUGGGAUAUAGCUUCAUACGAACCAAAUCCAUUUUUGGGACAACAAAGUGGGGAAUCUGUUGCCAUGGUUAGUAAUGAGACAUUGUAUUUGGUUGAUGGGGGUGAAGAUUUGCAGAAUGUUCCAUUCUAUCCCUUGAUACAAAACACUCGUGAUGUUGAUGUGAUUUUCGCAUUCGACAACUCGGCCGACACCAACGAAUCCUGGCCAAAUGCAACAUCGAUUAUCCUGACAUACAAAAGACAAUUUGCUGACCAAGGUAAAGGAACACCAUUUCCUUUUGUUCCUGACGUCGACAGGUUUCUUGAAGAGGACUUGUCUUCUAAACCGGUCUUUUUUGGUUGCAACGCGUCAGAUUUGGAUGCGUUGGUGAAAUGGCACAACAAUAGCAACAUCAAUACCACUGAUGUCCCAUUGGUGGUGUAUGUGUCAAACCACCAUCAGUCGUACUACUCUAAUUUUUCCACUUUCAAGUUAUCUUACGAUGACGCUGAGAAAUUUGGCACCAUCAGAAAUGGGUUUGAAGUCAUGUCAAGAAACAAUUUGACUGAUGAUAGCAACUGGUUGACAUGUGUUGGGUGUGCCAUUAUACGAAGACAACAAGAGAGAUUUGGACAAGAGCAAAGUGAUGAGUGUAAGAAAUGCUUUCAAGAAUAUUGUUGGAGCGGAGGAGUGAGACAGGCUGUUGCUGUUAGCAGUGCCAGUGGAUUGAGUGCAAUCACAGGACUACAAACAUCGUCGCUGGCAUCCACGUCUUCUACAAAAACAUCAUCGGACUCCACCUCAACUACACCCUCGGGAAGCGAAACCACCUCUUCCGGAAGCUCCUCGUCAUCAUCAGAGAAAAACAACAAUGGAGUGCUUAGCGUAGGACAACCGUCAAUUUUCUUCUUCUUAGGCAAUUUGUUAUUAACUGCAUUGGCUUAUUAA